CAAUGCCUUGAUGGGUCCGGGCUGCUUUGGUGGUAAAAGGGGCACCUACUCUAUAUUAGUGUCAGAAUGCCUGUGCAAGUCCCUCUAUAAGUCGCUGAUCACCACCAGGGGUGGACUGACAACUCAUGGGGCCCCCGGGCAGUAAGGGAUCAUGGGGCCCCUGUGUCCUUGCCCAAACUCAAACGAACCUAUGAAAAAUGGACCAGGGGUAUCUCAUGGGGCCCCCUACUGACCCCGGGCCCUCGGGCGGUGCCCGAGUUUCCAAAUGGUCAGUCCACCCCUGAU